AUGGAAGAGCAACUGUGUUUCACAACGCACUCUACUUGUACUGUAUCGUCUUUGAACGGAGCUAAACAGACAGAUUUGAAGCAAUGUGGCACGGAAUUUAGAAAUGGAGCAGUACGAGUAGGCUCGUCGCAUCUGUUCGUCGCCCAACGUCGAAAGGCAUUGAUAAAUGUGUACAAGAUCAACGGGAGUGGAUCCAGAGAAUCGGUGGAGCAGAGGCUGGCGCUUCCUGAGCCUGUGAGCUGCCUAGAAGUGGUUCAGGACGUCCAGAAACCAGACGCACCAUAUCUGCUCUUAGCAUCGACUGCAACGGGGAAGCUGCUUAUAUGGGAACUUCUGUCUGGCCAGCUAUUGACCGUGAAGGCAAUGGCGCACUAUCAGCCGAUCACGAAGAUUCAAUCGGUGGUUAAUGGUAAAUAUGUGAUCACAUCCGGUGGGGAUGCCAGACUGAUGAUCUGGCAAACUGUUGACCUGGUCACACAGCAGGAUCCAAAACCGAUUUUCACGCUGCAUGACCAUACGCUUGGAAUCACAGAUUUUUGCACAUCCAACGCAUUUUCUAAAACGCAUCUGUCUGGCAAAUUGUUCACAGCUUCUCACGAUAUGACCGUUAGAUGCUACGAUUUGAAUUUGGACGUUUGGCCUCAACCGCAGCUUCUGGCAACUUUCACAUUCCCAGGACCUCUAGAAUGCAUUGCUUUGGACCCUGCUGACAGAGCAUGUUACGUAGGAGGGCCGCUGGGUGUGUACCAAGUGAACUUUUACUAUCCCAUCAGCUCGAACCAGAUUCUCAAUCUGUUGAGCGCGGAGGGAAAUGCAAUUAUAUCGUGUGUGGAUUGCCAGCCUGAUAGAAACCUACGUGAACUAUAUUCGAUGGGCCAGAUUGAGUGUCCUAAAAUUUCGGACGCCAGCGGAACGCUAUUGGCACUUUCCAUGGAUGGGAGCUCUUUAGUUGUGGGUGACACUUUGGGCAAGUGUAGCGUUAUUGACGUGUACUCGAAACAAACAAUGAAGGAAAUUCAAUCGAUUGUUGUUAAUGAGACUUGUGGCGAAGUCAGCAGCUUGAUAUUGAACGUUGUCAAUCAGGACACGUCCGAUAGUCUUAUUAGCACCGACAAGUCGAAUGCCGAGUUCAAGUUUCCAAACCUUCAAAAAAGCGUAUCCAAUCGUGACGGGCUACAAGACAUUUACUAUCAAAUUCCAGCCCAAAGGCAACCUGCUGUUGCUCCGGUAGAUGACUUCGAUGCGUAUCUCGACCAAGUGGCCUCGGAGGAGAGUGCAUUCAUGCAAUUGGGAAGCGUUGUUUCCACUGUGAAAGUUGUGGAUCAAGUGAAAUCAGAGCUUAAAGCAACGACCGGAGACGUAGAUACUGCAGAAAACGCAUCACCCAAUUCUGAGCACAACGAAGAAGUUCUAGAGCUGCGAGCCAAUGUGGCCGAGAUUACCGAUGCGUACAAGGAGCUGCGAGAGAUGUACGACAAGCUGCUACAAGAGCACCAGGCCUUGUCAUCAUCUGCAAGAUCCUAG